CACUCUGGGUAGACCUGCACCUAUCUGCCCCAAAGCCCUUUAUCUGUCUUAUGCGCCAGUGGUUUUUAAUUCACUCUUCAUGUUACUGUUACAUGUCUUUUCUUCUACCCACCCAAGCCAUUUUACCCACCUGAGUACAUAUGGCCUUGGGUCCUCAGGCCCAAGGUCCAGCUGGGGGUCAGACCAGAAGACCGGGGGCCCCUCUGUCAAUCUUCAUCUUGAUUAAUCUACCUGACCAUUUGUGCAGCAGACUGGACUUUAUGCGUAUAAAGUCUUUGGUAUUCUGGAUGAUUGCCCACCGGCUGUGCUGGCAGAUAUCUAUAUGGACUUAGACUACAGAAAACAGUGGGACCAAUAUGUUAAAGAACUCUAUGAAAACGAAUACAAUGGAGAAACCGUGGUCUACUGGCAAGUGAAGUACCCUUUUCCCAUGUCCAACAGAGACUACAUCUACAUCCGGCAGCGGCGAGACCUGGACAUGAACGGGCAGAAGAUCCAUGUAGUCCUGGCCCAGAGCACCUCUGUGCCACAGAUUCCUGAGAGGUCUGGUGUGGUCCGGGUGAAUCAGUAUAAGCAGAGCCUGGUGAUCAAGAGUGAUGGCAAGAAAGGGAGCAAAGUUUUCAUGUAUUACUUCGAUAACCCGGGUGGCCAAAUUCCUUCCUGGCUCAUUAAUUGGGUCGCCAAGAAUGGUGUUCCUAACUUCUUGAAGGAUAUGGCAAAAGCCUGUCAGAAAUACCGCAAGAAAACCUAAGAAAGGAAAUCGUGUGUCCAUGGAACGAUGAUCUGGGAGUGCCACAGCCCACCGACGCUCAGCUUUCCUUUCACUUUUCUGUCUUCAGAGGCCUGCACACUGUCCUGCACGUCGUCCCUGAGUGUGUUUGCCUGACGCCUGGCUUCCUUUCCCACUCCCCACCCCGGGACUGGCUGCCUUCUCCCACUAUUGAAUAUGGGUCAGAUUAGGGAAACUUCUGCUUGUUUAUUUUUAAAAAGGGAAGUCCUCAGUAGAGAACACAGUCAUUCCAUUGUGCCAUUUCAGGGGGAUGGGUGGGCGGAGGAACCAUGACAAUGCAAGAGCAGCUGAUCCUGCAGAGCUGGCUCCUUCCCGGAAUGUGGCUUCUCGAAACCCAGAAGGGGCUGCU